GAUGGCUUCCAGUCCAAACCUAUUAAAUUAAAAGUAAAGAAUUUUUUUUAAUAAAAGCCUCGAAAGACAAAGAGAACUAUAUUAUAUUAUAUUAUAUUAUAUUAUGCCACUUUUGGGAUUCCGCCACACUGGAUGGUUUUCGGGCCAUGAAGUGUGAAGUCAUCCAGAGGUGGACUUCCAAGCGUGAAUGCCACUUGAAGUAAAGCCUUCAGCAAGCUGUGCCAAGAUGCAAACAAGACAGAGUGCCUGGACCCCUCUGAACCACCCACUGAUCAACAGCAAGCUGUUUGAUGAGAGGAGACACCUUCUGGCAAAAUGGUUUGACAGGUGGUCCACCAAUCAGAGGAAGGCUGUGCUGCAGGACUUUGUGCUGAACUGUUCUGUGGAGCAGCUCAGGUUCCUGAGCCUCAGCGUGGGCAGGUUGCUCCCCCUGCAGGCUGCAGACUUCACCUGCCUGCUGCCCAGAGCUCUCUGCCUCUACUUGUUCUCCUUCCUGGACCCUCGCAGCCUCUGUCGGUGUGCUCAGGUGAGCUGGCAUUGGAAGAGCAUUGUGGAGCUGGACCAACUGUGGAUGCCCAAGUGUCUGAGGCUCGGCUGGUGCAUCACCUUCUCCCCGUCACCUUUUGAGCAGGGCGUCUGGAAGAGACACUACAUAGAGACUGUUCAGGAGCUGCGACUCAGAAUGCUGCAGACAAUGUCGAUGCCAAAGGAGCCUGAAGUUCCUGAAGCUUCAGCAGUCAGUGGUGGACACAAAGAGCAACCUGAACUGGCCUACAACAGCAAGGAGCGUCCAGUUUCCAGCAUCCAGCCUCUUGCAGCCAUCUCCAGGUCAGGAUUAAAAACAGAAAACAAGGCAAAGGCCUUGCCACCAUGGAGAGACUCAGACAGACAUCCCAAGGAUACAAUACGCUUCAACUACCUGGACAACCUGGAUCCCAUGGAACAGGCCCUGAGAGAGCAUAGGAGAAGUAAAGCCUCCACAUGCCACUACGGUGCAUCCCAGAGCGGUGAGGGAAAGAGGAAAACGCUGUCUGAGGCCUCUUACAAACUGCGCAAAGCUAAAUCGCUGAUGUUCCUCAGAACCCAGCACGCCUCUCCACCCCCUGCCUUUAAUCCUCUUCCCUCAGAUCCUCAGACCCAAACUCGCCCCUUAUGGGCAUCUCCUACUCAAGGGCAACCUCUCACCAAGGAGACAGCCAUGAGCCUGCUCAACAAGACCCAGUGGAACGCAGGGAUCCGACCCAGGCCGGUGAGGACUCCGGUGCCUCAGUUAAGUUUGGAGGCCUUCAGGGCUUCCCAGCGCUCUCAGCGGAGCACUCCCAGUAGGUGCACCACUGUUCGAUGUUUGAAGUGCAGCUCCUCACUGCCACCAGCAGGACUAUGAUGUGAAUUAAUGCUCUGAAUCUGUUAAUAUUGAUCACGAUUAUAUCUUUCAGACCUUUUACAUCAUUUUUGCAAGAGAUGCUGCAUUUUUGGGGAUCAAGUUAAGAACUUUUACAGAAAUGUUAAAUUUAAAAAGAAUCUUUCAGCCAAGUUAGAAAAGAACAAGUAACACCAGUCUGUGUUGUAAGUCAUAUCUGAGCCUUGUAAGUCUAUAGCUUGAGCUUAUGAUUUAAAAAGAUUUGAGAUUGAGUUUUUACAUUUUGUUUUAUAAAACAUAAGAGAAGAAAAAUAAAGGACACCAAAUAUUUUGUGGGCCAAAUUGAAUUAAUAUCAUCAUUAAUAUUUUGUAAAUCCAGACUCUUUUUCCAUUCUGCAUUAUUUUUUCUAUGUAAAUCGUAUUUCCCAAGUAUUGCUUGUAAUAGUCGUUCUGCCUACAAGAGGGUGUAGUAAACAUAAAUAAACUUUGAAAAAGGUA